AUGUCCUCGACCGAGAUCCCAGACGUGGGCACGCUCGUCUUCUUGUCGUUCAAGCCGUUGGUCCGUGUACUUGUGCCCGCCGGCGUCGGCUUUGCGCUGCAGCGCGCGGGCGUGUUGCCCGGCGACGCGACCCGCAGUUCAUCAGUUCUCCUCGUCAACUUCUUCCUCCCCUGUCUCCUGUUCUCCAAGAUCGUCCCGGCAUUCACGCCAGACAAUGUUCCCGCCAUCGGACCCAUCAUCCUCGUUGCCUUCUUCUACCAAGCUCUCCCGUUCGUCUUGGGCUUCUUCGCUCGCGCAAUCACCCCAACACCUCGCCGGUUCCGGUGGGGCGUCAUCAGCAGCUGUAUGUACGGCAACUGGGGUGACCUCCCGAGCGCUGUCGUCUUGUCCAUCACGUCGACGCGUCCGUUCAACCCGAGCACCGACGGCGACCUCGCCUUGGCCUACGUCGCCAUCUUCAUCCUCGUCACCUACAUCUCCUACUUCCCGUUGCAGGGCAUCCGCAUCCUGCAGAUCGACUACCGCCGCCCUGUCGACGCCGCGCUCGAGCUGCGGUACGAGGAGGGCGAGUUUGGCACCGUGCGCAAGUACCUCAACCGGCUGUUGAGGGGCAUGCCGAUGGCGCACGAGCUCGAGGAGGAGCGCGAGCGGCGGGACAAGCGCGAGGACAAGCUCGACAAGGAGGGCAGGGCGGCGCGUGAGGACGACGUCGGCGGCGACGAGCGAGCAGUCGGCCUCGACUCGCCUGUGCGUCCGCGCAUGGCGACUUGCGCGACGCAGACGGGCCGAGAGGCCGACGACGGCGGCAUCUCGCCGGCGCUCCUCGCGCCGCCGGCGCGCCACCUCGACCAGUACGGCACCGGGUUCCCGAUCCUCGAGCCUGUCCCGUCCGAUGUCGCGCGCUCGCACCACUCGGCCGCACCCACCUCGCCGUCGAUGCAUCCUCGAGCCGGGGUGCGCAUCGCGCACGGCAUCUGGGUCCUCAUCCGGCCCAUCUUCCAGUCGCCGCCCUGCGUCGCCCUCCUGUCGGCGCUCAUCAUCUCGCUCGUGCCGAGCUUGCGCGCCCUGUUCGUCCCGCCCAAGGACGGCGCGUCGUUCCACCCGACGGCGCCUGACGGCGACCCGCCGCUCGCGGUCCUGUACGACACGGCCAAGUUUGUCGGCGGCGCGUCAAUCCCGACGGGCCUCGUCGUGCUCGGUGCGUCGAUGGGCAAGCUGCAGGUCCCGAGGCCGAUCGGGCGCCUCCCGCUCGCGUCCAUCGUGAGCAUGAGCGCCAUCCGGCUCGUGAUCCAGCCCAUUGUCGGGUUCUACCUCGUGCGCGCCCUCGUGCGGUGCGGCAUGGUGAGCGCAGACAACAAGGUGCUGCGGUUCGUCAUGGUGACGCUCAGCUGCGUCCCAACCGCCACGCUCCAGGUCACCUACUCGAUCCUGUUUGCGCCACCAGGGCAGCCGAACAACUCGGAGCUUGUCGCCGCGCACCUCAUCCUCCAAUACAUCGUGUGGGCGUUCUCGAGCGUCAUCUUGACGGCGUUCAGCCUGAACGACAUCUUCUAGACCCCAUCUGUAGCGCUCUCUCUCUCCGUCGUCUGUUGCAUCACGAGCCUCUCCUUUUGUCGUC